AGCUCACACAAACCAACCAGGCAACCACGGGUUAUAUUUAUUUGCCUUACUUAUAGGUUUUAGCUAUUUUUGUCUCCGCAACUUGUGUCAUUUACGGGCAAGAUUUGGCUGUUCUACACUACUUCUACCUCCCCAAUUUGCUCCUCCUCAAUCCUUAUUCCCUCUUUAAUUAAACAUCGCAUUGUAUCUUCUCACAUCUCCAAUUCAAAUUGUUCCCCAAACCCAUCUCUGUAGUAUCAAGAUCUCACCUUUAUCAUCCGAAUUCAUAUGCAGAUUCGUACCCGCUGCAUUAACAAUUCAUUAAUUUGGGUGAUAUGGGUGAGACAUCAAUGACCUCGGCCAUUCACGGCCGCGGAGGCGGUGGUGGGGCAUGUGGUAUGGUGCUUCACAUCCUCCGAGGCCGAUGGUUCUCUGUUUUCGCUUCCUUUCUUAUCAUGGCAGGGGCUGGUGCUACAUAUUUGUUUGGCAUCUAUUCGAAGGAAAUCAAAGCCACUCUAGGGUACGACCAAACAACACUCAAUUUGCUCGGAUUCUUCAAGGAUUUAGGUGCAAAUGUUGGCGUCCUCUCUGGUCUUCUUGCCGAAGUGACACCCACAUGGUUUGUGCUUCUUGUUGGAUCUGCCAUGAACUUUUCUGGGUACUUCAUGAUUUGGUUGGCCGUAGCAGGCAAAAUUGCGAAACCUAAAGUGUGGCAUAUGUGUGCUUACAUCUGCAUUGGAGCCAAUUCACAGAAUUUCGCCAAUACAGGUGCGCUUGUAACUUGUGUUAAGAAUUUCCCUGAAAGUAGAGGGGUUAUGUUGGGGCUAUUGAAGGGUUUUGUUGGGCUCAGUGGGGCUGUGAUGACACAACUUUAUUUGGCCAUAUAUGGAAAUGAUUCCAAGUCUCUGAUUCUUCUAAUCGCGUGGCUUCCGGCGGCGUUAUCUGUGGUGUUUGUGUACACUGUCCGAACUAUGAAGGUUGAGAGACAACCUAAUGAGCUUAACGUGUUCUAUCAAUUCCUCUAUGUGUCAAUUGUUCUUGCUUUGUUUCUGAUGGGUGUAACUAUAGCACAAAAACAGGUUGUUUUUCCUCAUUGGGCUUAUGCUACAAGUGCAAGUAUAUGUUGUUUUCUGCUAUUUGUUCCACUCUUUAUUUCCAUUAGAGAAGACUUAGUCCUCUGGAAUCUCAAGAAACAGCCUCCUAGUGAAAUCAGAGUUGAGAAACCAGUAGAAGUUGAAUUGAAAGAGAAGGAGAUUACAAACCCUGAACCGGAAGAGAAAAAGCCCCCAGUGUCUUGUUGGACGAGCAUAUGUAACAAGCCACCAAGAGGUGAGGACUACACGAUCUUGCAAGCACUAUUAAGCCUAGACAUGCUAGUUCUCUUUGUGGCAACUCUAUUUGGACUCGGUUCGAGCUUGACUGCUGUGGACAAUUUGGGUCAAAUAGGUGAAUCAUUGGGGUAUCCACAGAGAACCGUAAGCUCAUUUGUGUCACUGGUGAGCAUAUACAAUUACUUUGGAAGAGUAUUUUCUGGGUUUGUCUCUGAAAGCUUGCUUGUGAAGUACAAAAUGCCAAGGCCAUUGAUGAUGACAAUUGUUCUCAUUUUAGCUUCCAUUGGUUACCUCAUCGUUGCAUUCCCUUUCCCGGGUUCGCUCUAUAUUGCAUCGAUUAUCACUGGUUUUGCAUUUGGAGCACAAUUGCCAUUGCUUUUCGCUAUAAUUUCAGAGCUGUUUGGGCUCAAGUACUACUCCACAUUGUUCAAUUGUGGACAACUGGCUAGUCCUAUUGGGUCUUACAUACUUAAUGUGAAGAUCACAGGGAUGCUUUACGAUCGGCAGGCAUUGGAGGAGCUUGCAAAGAAGGGUUUGACCAGGUCGGAUGUGAAAGAGUUGGUUUGUAUUGGAACUCAGUGUUAUAGGAAUUCAUUUUCAAUUCUGGCUGGUGGUACAUUUUUCGGUGCCUUAAUCUCGCUAGUUCUGGUGAUGAGGACAAGAAAAUUUUACAGAAGUGACAUCUAUAAGAAGUUUAGAGAGAGUGUCGAUGAUGCCGAUGCAAGAAAUUAGGCUACAAUUUGGUGGGUGUGAAAGGAACAGAUUGGGUUAUGGAAACAACUUGCUGGGUACAACUGUAAAAUAUCUCCUGCUGGUUUAUUCAAUGAACAUUUUCAAGAUCUCUUAUUAAAGCAGAGAUAUGAGACAGAAAAAGUCUGCUACUUUAAUUUGGUUCAUCAAACUUUUGACUUGAUUUGUGUAUAUAUAUAUAUGUACAUAUUCAUGGUUGGUUGAAUAAUACAACAAAGCAGGCCGCUUCAUCAUU